AUCAUGCAUGCCCAAACCACAGGACUAGCGCCUAUCAGGUUGUGGCACUGACUUCGAUCCCGUCCACCUCUUCCGCCACCGCCAUGUCCGAGUACUGGGUCUCGCACAAGAAGUACUUCUGCAAGUACUGCAACAUCUACAUCGCCGACGAUGUGCCGUCGCGACGGCAGCACGAGACCGGUCUGCGCCAUAAGGGCAACGUCGAGCGGUUCGUGCGCGGGCUGUACAAGGAGGGUGAGCGGCGGAAGCAUGACCUCGAGGAGGAGAAGCGGGACAUGGCGAGGGUCGAGCAGGCAGCCCAAGCGGCAUACGCGCGAGACGUAGGCGCAGGCCUGGUCAAACCCGGGAGCAGCAGCACGUCCGCCGCCGCACGACCCGCACCCGAAGCGACGAAGCCCGCACCCAAACAGUCGAACCCCUAUGCGAACUACACCACCGCGGAGUCGCUGGGCUACACCGACCCUGACGAGGAACGCCGCACAGCCGAGGCAGAGCGGCGGCGCACGCAGGGCGUCGCGGGCGACUGGGAGGUCAUCGCCGUCGUCGAGCCCUCUGCGCCUGCAGUGCAGGAGGGCGAGGCAGAGCAUGCAGAAGCACCUGCUGUGCCGGAGCCCGGCCCCAGCGCGGGAGUGAAGCGAGAGGCGGGGGCGUUCCCAGAGGACGAGGACACGCGGAGGUUCAAGCUGCGUAGGCGGACGGUGGGCGUCGGCCUAGGCGAGAUCUACGACCCCGGCGUGAUACCGAUCAAGAUAAAGAAGAAGGAAGAGCUCGCUGCGGACGCUCUGCCAGAUGCUGCUGUGAACCGCCAAGAGCCUGUGGCAGCAGCGUCGGCGGCGGCGGGCGGUGCGACCGCUGCGGCUGCGACGGAGAAACCGACGUGGUCUGCUAGGGGCUGGGUUCGACCAGGGGAGAGCAAGGCGAACGAGCCCGGCGCGUCACAGGUGAAACCAGCCGUGUCCUCCACCGAAUCGACUGUCUCGCGAGAGCAGGUUGCGGAGGAGCAAACAGAAGCCCCUGCGGAACCUACACGUCCUGCACCCGGAGACGAACCCCCGACGACGGAUGAUGUCGUCAAGGUCGAGGUCAAGGUCGAGGACGCUCCUGUUAAAGUCGACGCAGACGCAACCGCGGCUCCCCCAGCGGGAGGGAGUAUGUUCCGCAAGCGCAAACUUCCAGCAGGCGGUGCGGGUGGCAGGGGCAAGCGGACGUGAUUUGUUCGUGUAUUCCAUCCCAUUGAGCACCAGAUAAUCUGGCGACUCGCGUUCGGUCAGUCUCAGCAAUGUGUUAUUUCUGUUUCCACUGACGAUCUGAAUGUUUAUGGUUUCCCAAAGU